AUGUCUGCCUCCGUCACCCCAGAACAACUGAAAGCACUCGAAGAUUCUCUACUAAAUACCACCGGAAAUGUUCCUCUUCAUAUCCGUUUCAGAGCUUUAUUUACUCUAAAAGCACUUAAGUCGGAGGAGGCAAUAAAAAUUAUUUCUAGAUGCUUUCAGGACCCCUCCGCACUGCUCAAACAUGAACUGGCAUAUUGUUUGGGACAGAUGAAAAAGACCUCUGCUCUUCCUGUCUUAGAAACAGUUUUAAAGGAUGUGAAUGAAGACCCGAUGGUCAGGCAUGAAGCGGCUGAAGCAAUGGGCGCGAUAUCAUCUGCAGAUUCUAUACCGACUCUGAAGCAAUUUCUAUCCGAUCCGGAAAGAGCAGUACGCGAAACCUGCGAGAUCGCAAUCGACCGAAUCGAAUGGGAACAGUCAGAGGAAGGUAAACGAGCUUUGGACACUCAGAAAGUCGAGAGACACAUACCACUCUACACCUCUAUUGACCCCGCACCUCCUACUUCAAAACUCCUGUUCGGAGCUCCCAAACCGGAAGAUGUAUCUCAAGAGAGCAUAGACAUCUUGAAGUCCCAACUCCUCGACAAAGAACGACCUCUUUUCGAACGUUACCGUGCAAUGUUCACCCUUCGCAAUAUCGGUUCACCAGCUGCUGUCGAUGCUCUCGCUUCUGGUUUUUCUGAUGAUAGUGCGUUAUUCAAACACGAAAUCGCUUUUGUCUUUGGUCAACUCCUUUCGCCUCACUCUGUUCCCGCUCUCCUUAAUGUCCUACGAGACGUCAACGAAUCCGACAUGGUACGGCAUGAAGCUGCAGAAGCUCUGGGCGGAAUUGGUACACCAGAAGUUUUUCCGCACAUCACCGAGUGGAUGAAUAGGGAGGAUGCUCCUCAAGUUGUACGAGAGAGCUGUCAAGUUGCUAUCGAUAUGUGGGAGCACGAAAAUUCUGGAGCUUUCCAGUAUGCAAAUGGGCUCGAAGCUACGCCUGCUCAAGUGGCUGUCGCAUGA